AUGGCAACCGGAGACGCCUCGCAUUCUCCGGCAGCCUGCGGCGGAGCUGAGAAGGCCAGGGGAGAAGACCCCGGCGGCCCAAGAGUGGAGAAGGGGAUGGUAGAGACUACGGCGGCGGCGCCCGAGACGAGCAGCGGCGGGGAGCAGCCUGGGCAGCCGGCUGGGCUGGGGGGUGGAGCGCGCUGGGAGCCCAGUUCCGGCGGCCCCCAGGAGCCCCGCCAACAGUGGAAGAAAUUUUUAUAUUGUGAGCCACAUAAGAGAAUUAAGGAAGUACUGGAAGAAGAACUUUAUAUUAAGAGAGAUGAAUGCCACAUUACAAAUCCACCUGCAGUGGCCCUGGAAGGGAUUUGGAGCAUUAAAAGGAAUCUCCCCCUGGGAGGCUUGAAGCCAGGACUGCAGAGCAGAAAUGAUUUACUGUCACAAGCUGAGUUCUACUCAAGGCACGGAAGGCUGAGAAGCGUCGCUGGCCAUCGCAGGGCCGUGAGGAAGGAAGUGGACUCUGAUCUUCCGUUCAGCCAGGAAGCUCGGUACCGCCGGCUCACCUCCCUCGGCGAUUGCGCCGGCUCUCGCGCCGCAGCGGCUUUCGGAGGGUCUCGCCUGCCCUGCGACUCGAAGGCGCGGGUCCGGACCAAAGCGAUUAAGCACCGGGGCGGAUCUGGGAAGGAGCUCCGGGCGGGCCCUGGCGCUAGGCUAGGGCGGUGGGCUCGCCCAGAAACGCCGGGGAUCCCCUGA